CAUUGCUCUCAUCAACCCGCAUGCGCAGUGCCAAGCGCGGAGCCACCACUCCCCGGGGUUUCUGCGGGUUUGAAUGCCCCGCAUGCGCAGUGCCAAGCCCCGAGAGAGCACUCCCCCGGGGUUGCUGCGAGUUUGAAUGCCCCGCAUGCGCAGUGCCAAGCUCGGAGCCACCACUCUGCGAGGUUUGAAUGCCCCGCAUGCGCAGUGCCAAGCUCGGAGCCACCACUCCGCGGGUUUGAAUGCCCCGCAUGCGCAGUGCCAAGCUCGGUGCCUCCACUCCGCGAGGUCUCCGCGGGUUUGAAUGCUCCGCAUGCGCAGCGCCAAUCCCGGAGCCCCCACUCCUCCGCGGGUUUGAAUGCCCCGCGUGCGCAGUGCCGAGCCGCCACCCGCCGGGCUCGCGCAGUGUCCGUUAAACGGCCGCGCCUCGGGCAUCCGCGUGAGCCCUUGAGGUGGGGGGAGGGGGUGGGGGAAGAGCCUGAGCCCUCCACCCGGCUCCCAUUGGUCAACCUCCCCGUCAAUCCGGUGUUCCUGGCCAAUAGGAAGGCGGGGUUCCCUCCUGGAGCCGGGGAAGAGGAAGGUCAAUGUGGACGGCAGGUCACCUUUCGGAGUCGGUCACCCCUGCGCCAGGAAUGUCAGCUGCCGAGGGCCUCGCCAUCACUCCUGCAGCGGGCGGCGAUGGAGCCCCGGAGGAAAUUGCUGGUUUUGAUCAUCCACGUGGACAGUUGUCCUAAUUCCAUAUGCCAUGUCCUGCUCCCAAAUACAGUAUCUGACUCCAAUCUGGAGUGUGAUCCAGGAGCCUCUCAGUAUUGGAUUGAGGUGAUUCUUUAGCCUGACCCAGGUGUGUGAAUGUCCUGUGUUCAUCUGACAUCCAGGGAUUCUUUAAUGGAGCCGUAAUAUUUGAAAAU